AUGUCAGAAUGUAUUUACAAAUUAUAAAGCGAAGAAGAAUAGUAAAUUGAAGAACCAAAAAAGCCUAUUUAAAAUCAAAAAAGAUAUAAGUCUUAACAUCCUGGAAAUCUACCUCCUUCCUACUCUACUUUUAAUACAAAAAAUACUACUCUUAAUAUUAAUAAUAUAAAUGGCAAUCAAAUACUUCAUAAAGGAUAUUUAAAGCAUCAUGCUUUAUGGGGAAAACCAAAAAAUUUUGAGGUUACAGAUGAAUUGAUUUUUCCACUUGGUUUAAUUAAACCUGAUGAUUGUGCAAUAAAAAAACCUUCAAUUCCUAAUCAUUUUAAACAAAAAGUUGAUAUGGAAAAAUUCAAAGAAUAUUUAGAGAAUAAACCAAAGCGUCCUAAAUCUGCAGGGUAAAAACCAAAAUAAAUGGAUUAUUUUAAAAAAGACACUUUUGGCAAAGUUCCUGAAUAUUUAGAGAAAAUGAGAAAUGAUAAAUUAGAAAAACAAAGAUAAGAAGAGGAGGAAAUAAGAAGAAAAAAAAAAGAGAAAGAUGAUUAAAAAGUAAAAAAGGGUGAUGUAUUUAAAAUUAUGUAACAACUUCUUUAAAAAAAAGAAGAAAUGCUUAAGGAAUUUGCUUAAUACAGUCACAAAAGAGAUAUGACUUAAUAGACAAAAUUAAAGUAAAUAAAAUAUUGAUAUUUAGAAAAGAAGAACUCGAAAAAAGAUUAAAUUAAAUAGAUGGAGAUAUAAAAAAGUUAGAAAGACUUUAUAAUCAUUGA